AGCACCAUUCAUUCAAAAAUUAGAAACUCCCAUCAUAUCCACAAUAUUUUGAUUUCCAAAAGUAAAUGUUUAACCCAAUUUUAUCGGUUUUUCAAAUUUUUAUACUCGGAUUAAUUUCAAAGCUUGUUGCCACUGUUGGCUCCAAGUUUGACAUCUGCUCGGUCCCAUUCCUUCAUUACGGUCCCCGCUCAUACAGAUCCGUAUUCCUCACACCCGACACCGCUAAAAUGACCACGCACUUAGAAUCUAUAAAGAAGUCCAUGGACGAAUUCUCAAUGAACAUUUACCACCAGAUCGCCGCCAGUCCGGAACAUGCAUCGUCUAAUCUGUUUCUCUCUCCGCUGAGUAUCUCCUCGGCGCUGCUGCUGGCGUACGUCGGAGCCAAAUCCUCCACCCGUGCGGAACUCGAAGCCAUUCUGCAGAUCCAGCAGAACUUCGCUGGCAACGAGGCCGACGUCCUGAAGGCCUACGGUGAAGUGAUGCAGGUGUUCGUGCCCAGCAAAGACGAACGCGGACAAAAUGCCUUCGACUUGUCGUUGGCCAAUCGCGUCUACGUCCAACGCGGUUUCCACCUGAAACCCGAAUACCAGACCGCGGUGACGCAGAAACUCAACGGAGAAAUCGGGGAGGUAGCGUUCAAGGAGGAUACGGACUCAGCCAUCCGCGAGAUCAACACCUGGGUGGAAAAGCAGACCAACAAUAAAAUCCGCGAUCUCGUCAGUGGUGGCGCCGUCACAGCACAGACUCUGAUGGUCCUGGUGAACGCGAUUUACUUCAAAGCCUCAUGGUUGAACCGUUUUGACGAUAAGAACACGAAGAAGGAGGAUUUUUACAAUUUGGACGGGAAAGUGAGCAAAGUGGAUAUGAUGUUUAUGGGAAAGAAGAAAUAUAAAUAUUUUAACAACGACGAAGUCAAGCUGCCGCUGCCGCCCUUCCAAAUGAUCGAAAUCCCGUAUAAAGCUGAGGAGAUGUCGAUGUUGGUGAUUCUACCACAGGAUAAGAAUGGACUGGCGGAAUUGGAGAAGUCACUGACGGGUGAAGCGCUGCGGAAUAUCUAUCAUGCGUGUUCGCAGCGGAAAGUGGAUGUGUGGCUGCCCAAGUUUAAAUUGGAGGAAUCGUACAAACUGGUAGAUGUGCUGCAGAAGAUGGGAGUGCAGCAUUUGUUUGGGAAAGCGGAUUUGAGUGGAAUUGCCGAUGAGCCGUUGGUCGUUUCGGAAGUGCUGCACAAAGCUUUUGUCGAAGUGAAUGAGGAGGGAACGGAAGCCGCGGCAGCCACAGCCAUGAUGAUGACCCGAGCGUUGGUCGUCGAACCACCUCCAGCGCAGUUCCGUGCUGACCAUCCGUUCAUGUUCGCCAUUCGGCAUCAAGGCACCGGUCUUGUGGCCUUUGUUGGACGUGUGGCUCAGCUGUGAAAAGCGGUGGAUGUUUUGAUUUAGUUUCGCCUUUACCUAAUUAAGCGACAUCAGUCGCAGAUUGGUUAUGUUGCAAAGUACUGCAGCUUUCGGUUCCUGUCUAAUUUUGUUCGUAUGAUUCGUUUGUUAAGCAUCAAGUGCAUGAGUCGUUAUACUUUGAUUGAGGUAUCUUUCCAGCUAGAAUCAGCUGCUUUUUAAUAAGGUUUUUCCAAUUUUUGUAAACUUAUGCUUUUUACUUUAAAUUUGUUUUGUUCCUUUCUUUGUGAUUACCGCAAUAAACGCCUUUCCA